AUGUCGUACGCCACGUACCUUCCUAAUUCCUACCAGAAUGAUGUAAGUUUCUCGUAAACUUGCGGAUGAAUACGAAUUUCUAUUUUUUAUUUUCCAGUCUAAGAUCUGCAUCAAUGGAGUGGAAUUGAUCAACCGCCACGAACUUUCAUCCACUCAAGACAAGGAACUGCAACGUUUCAUUGACAACAAUGCUCAUAUCAUUCAAUGGCAAGAACGGGAACUUCGUAAGUAUAUCCAUCUCGAUUUUUCGUAGAAACCAACUCUUUAGCCCCGCCACCACCACCACGCAAAACCCCAUCCCAUAAAUAUGAAGAGAUGAGAAGGAGCUUGAGCCGUGGACCCGGAAACUUGGAGAGAUACAGCUCAAUGGAUAAACUGUUCACGGUAUGUGUGACUAGUUUGGAAACGAAAAUCUUGUGACUUUUUCAGAAACAAAACAAAAACGUAGAAGCCGAACAAGGAAUCAACCCCAAAGAUCUUCCAAUCUGCCCUAACAUCGACAACCACAACUACACGAACGAAUUCCCGGGACUCGAGUACUUGUCCGACAACAAGUUCAUCGAAGACCUCAUCAAGUCGGGUCACGUCUCCCUUGGAAACAGCGGACUCAUUAGUCAACCCGGUUCUCGUGUUGGAUCGGCAAUGAGUGCUUCGUACUCGCAACCCCAAUCGGCGACGUCCACUCUCACCCGCCAGUCUCACACCCAGCCUCAUCAACAGCCACAACAGCAGCAGCAGCAGCAGUACGCACCACAACAUCCAAACAACACCAAUUAUUACACCACGACCAGCACUACGACCACUUCCAACUACCAUCCCAGCAGCGCGAGCCAAUACGGUGGCUCUCAGAGUCAGUACGGAAGCUUGAGCAAUGUGGGAAGUGGCAGCAACUAUGGCACGUUGAAGGGUGGAAUGAAGCAUACCUCGACUCUCCCCCCGACUAGUCCGUACAGUAGUUUGAAAAGGUUAGUAACUUAGACACACCCCCGUGAGCUAGUUUCCUUAAAAAAAGAGCAUAAAUGUUUACAUUUCCAAGAAAACUGUGUUAAAUAUGGGUUAUUUGCAGAAAAGGAGUGAGCUGGCUCGAUCAGGAGCGCGCACGUUCAUUGUCUCCCGGUUUACACCAAUACAACUUGACAACCCGCCAAGUGCAACAGCCGUACAACCGUCCGGCAUCCACGAUUCACACAACCACCUACACCACUACUUAUUGA